UUCAUCUCUCUCCCGGGGCGUUGCCCGGUUGACUAUAUAUACUCAAAUAAACUCCGAGUGAACUGCUGCUUUUCUUUCAAACACAUCCUGCACACUCAGCCUCCUCCGAGUUUGCACCUACCUGUCUCUGCAGCCAUGACUGACUUGGAGAAAUGCAUGGAGAACCUCAUUGUCAUAUUCCAUCGCUACGCCAAAGACGACGGCGAUGGGAAAACGCUGAGCAAAAAAGAACUGAAAAAACUGUUGGAGACUGAGUUACCCACAUUCCUCACGACUCAAAAGAACCCCAAAACGGUGGACUGCAUCUUGCAGGACCUGGACCACAACAAAGACGACAAGUUGGACUUUGAAGAGUUUCUCCCCCUGGUCGCGGGCAUCUCCAUGGCCUGUGAGAAGUGUUACAUGCUGCGUCAGAAGAAGGGAAAACAAUAGAGGAACCAGACACUUCUGUUCUGGAGAGUCUGUUCCACAAGUAUAAGCAAAGCUUUGAUUGAAUAUCACCUUGUCUGUCUGAUUAGUCACACCACGAAAGGCUGUUUUUGUAUUUUUAUUCUGCAUGAUGUGAACACAUGGAAUCAUUUUAGUCCAAAGACCUCCACCCUGCUCUUACUGCCUCUGAAACACAGCUGGUGGCCUCAGAAUUCUUCGGCACUACUAUCUUAUUUUACUUACAAUUUUUUCUUCUAACCCCUGUGUACUAAACCACAAAGCUAAAUACUGUACGCCUAAGUAAGUGAUUAUAAUUAUAACUUUCACGGCUGAAAUAAAAUGUUAGCCAGCAGAA